AUGUAUUUGAUGAGAAGAAUUUUUGCCUUAGCGGUGGCUGCGGCUUCUUUAGGAGUCGUGUAUGCUAAAUUUGACCUUUCCUCCACUUCUAAUGUCGCUGUAUACUGGGGUGUGUGGGCCAUAAUACUUGCUUUUCUUAUGACCAUCAAUGGUCCAGGAGGUGCGCCGGAGUUUGACUUUGCUAACGCAAAGGACAAUUGCACCACCUUUGAGGGCACCAACCUCCUGAAAUGCCCUCAGAUUGGGGCGGACAUCGAAACCUGCCAAAAGAAGGGGAAGACUAUCAUUCUGUCUAUUGGCGGUGCUACUUAUAGUGAGGGAGGGUUUCAAUCCGAAUCCGCUGCCAAAGCUGGUGCCGACCUAAUUUGGGAGACGUUUGGUCCUCCAAUAACCAAAGGCUCCUUUUUGAACACCUCCUAUCCAAAUGCGACGUCUCGCUACCAUACCGGUCGUUUCAAUCGUGUCAAUCGGUUCAACAGCACUGGUAUCCACGGCGCUCGAGCUAAUUCUACAGCGAUCCGUCGACCAUUCGGUGACGCGACCGUUGAUGGAUUCGAUUUCGACUUUGAGGCAAAUGUGAAGUAUAUGGCACCAUUCGCGAACCGGCUUCGUGAGCUAUCAGACGCCGACAAAUUGAAGAAAUAUUAUCUUACCGCUGCACCCCAAUGCCCAUAUCCAGAUGCGGCAGACAAGGAUAUACUUAACGGGCCUGUAUCCAUUGACGCAGUAUUUGUUCAAUUCUACAACAAUUGGUGUGGCGUGAACUCCUUCAGCGCGGGCCAAAAAUCCCAGAGCAGCUUCAAUUUUGAGCAAUGGGACGAAUGGGCCAAGACUGUAUCCAAGAACAAGAAAGCCAAGAUAUUGCUCGGUGUUCCAGCAAACACGGCCGCCGCGAGUACAGGCUACAUUCCAGCGUCCGAGCUGGCUCCGGUGAUCGAAUAUAGCAAAUCGUUUGAGAGCUUUGGGGGUGUUAUGAUGUGGGAUGUUACUCAGGCCUAUGGGAAUAAGGGCUUCUUGGACGGAGUGCAAGACGCUCUAGAAAAAACCGCAUCACGCCUUUUGCACCAUGGCUAUCGCCUUCCGGCGAUCCUCCGAUAAGCCGUUAGACUUGAGAUUUUAUAUUACCUUGCACAUGUUUGCAUUGAGCUAGGAGUUUGCUGUUCAUAUUUUGUUUCUGUUAGUGGACUUGGCAAACGGAAGGAUGUAUAUAUGAAUGAGGGCAUUAAUCCUUUACUGUCUCGGGGUGUUACUUGGGUCAAUCUUCCCCUUACCUUUUUUCCUUUAGGGCAAACACCCGGCACGUGUCGUGAUAUUGAAGCCUUUCAGCUCAUGUAACCAAAACCUCAUCUGUCGUCCUUCGUCUUGAUUGACCCUAUUUUGUGACAUUCCCAAUAAAUUCCAUCUUGCACAAAACACCUUCAGCUCCGAUUCAAGUCCUCCGUACGAAAUGCUUCCAGGAAUCCAGAUCUGAAAUUAGCGCAUCAGGAUCCGCUCCAGUGCAUGAACUAUUGGUUCUCGGCCAUGCCGAUCCUCCUUGCUGGUGGUAUU